CAAUGAUUCCUAGUAGUCUUAACAAGCUUCGACAGCAGUCGACAUGUUGGAAAUUAUUCUGUUGGCGCUUAGCUGCUGCGGCAUUUUAGCCGACAAUGACGAAACCGUUUUUCGGUUACCAGGAGAUACCAUACCACUAUCCUACAACCUGAAAUUUGUGGACUUGCUAAACGACGACUUUUCGUACAACGGCGUCACUAAAAUUCUCAUCCAAGUAAAAUCAACCACCACGGUGUUGACGUUGAACGCGUUUGAGUUAGACAUUAAAAACGUUAAGGUGGUCGACACCGAGUUGAGUAGAGAAAUCAACGUAACUAACUUUGAGCUUAUAAAAAAGAACGAACAACUCAAGGUAAAUCUAAAAGAACCAUGGUUGAUUGCUGGACGACAAUACAAUGUCGAAAUCACCUACAAUGGAACUCUACGGACUGACAUGACAGGUCUCUACAGAAGCUCGUACAAAGACGAAGAGUCCAACGCAACCAGAUGGUUAGCUAUCAGUCAAUUUGAACCUACUUACGCAAGAAGAGCUUUUCCGUGUUAUGAUGAACCAGGGUUUAAGACUCCUUUUCAAAUCACUAUCGUUAAAACUAAAAAAACGCAAAUAUCUUUGUCUAACUAUCCAGUAUACAAAGAAUACCAAGAUGUUCAAACUGGAAAAUUUGUUAGCGAUUACCCAGUAACCGAACCAAUGCCUACAUAUCUAGUAGCGAUCUCAGUAUCGGAAUUUGUUGAAAAAUCGUCUAAUGACAACAAAUUUCACGUAUAUACUCACAAAGAAUACAUAAAUCAGACUGACUACAUUCGAGAGAAAGCGCCUAAGCUACUCAAUUUAAUGGAAGUGUUCACGGGAAUAUCCUAUCCUAUUGACAAAAUGGAUCUACUUGCCGUGCCUGAUUUUGCAGCGGGUGCCAUGGAAAACUGGGGGUUAAAUACAUAUCAAGAAAAAUAUUUAUUAAUAUCAGAAAAAUCAACUGAGAAAAGCAAAGAAUUAGUUACUACGGUCGUGCAACACGAGUUGACUCACCAAUGGUUUGGAAAUCUCGUCACGUGUGCUUGGUGGGAUUAUUUGUGGCUAAAUGAAGCUUUUGCCACAUUCUUUGAAUAUUUCGCCGUCCAAGUGGCGGAGCCCGAAUGGCGGAUGGAAGAGUUGUUUGUCAUCGAACAACAUCAGGCGGCUUUAAGUUACGACCAGAGACCUAGACACGCAAUAACGUCUUCGGUCCAAUCGCCCGACGAAAUAGAAGGGAUUUUCGAUGGGAUUUCAUACGACAAAGGAGCUUCAGUUUUAAGAAUGUUAAAAUACACAUUGGGUAGUAAACUAUUUCGAGAUUCGUUGAUCCUGUAUUUGAAAACUCACAAAUACGCAAGUGCGGAACCUAACAAUUUAUGGGACGCGAUCGACAGCGUGUUGUUCGAUACCGAAUACAAGCUUGCCGAUAAUGUUCAAGUUCGAGAUUUCAUGAGAUCUUGGACGGAAAAUCCAGGAUACCCGGUCUUAAGUGUAACGGCGAAAACUAAAAACACAUUAUCUGUAACACAAAAACGAUUCCUAGUCGACAAAAAGGACGAAUCAGUUCAACCAAAAUGGUACAUAGGUCUUACGUAUACAACACAACAGAAAAAUGAAUUCCAUGACGUUCAACCGGUUGCGUGGCUCAAACCAAGCGACGAUGAAAAAACAAUAAAAUUUAAUAGCGACGAAGGAUGGGUGAUAUUCAACGUACAAUCCACAGGGUUUUACAGAGUAAAUUAUGACUUGAACAAUUGGGGUUUACUAAUUGACCAACUCAGAUCGGACCCAAAAGCUAUACACGUACUGAACAGAGCGCAAUUGAUCGACGACGCCUUUAACUUAGCGAGAGGAGGCGAAUUGCCUUUUACGGUGCCUUUUGAAUUAAUUUCGUAUCUAGACAACGAAAAUGAUUUUAUUCCAUGGUAUUCAGCAUACAACGGCAUUUCGUACGCUUUUGACCGAAUGAGACGAUGCGAUUUCGUUGGACCAAAAAUGCAGAAUUUCACCAGAAACUUAGCGGCCAAGGUUUACAGUAAAGUCAACAAGCUCUACGAAGAUAAACAUGACAGAAGACACCUGACGGUAACCAGCUUCGACGCAUUUUCAUCUUGGGCUUGCAAGUUCGAAGUGCCCGAAUGUAUUGAAUCAGCCACGGCGUACUUUAAGACUUGGCAAAGUGGAAUCGAUAUACCGGCCGACAUUAAAGAAGCAGCCCUUUGCACUGGUGUGAGAAAUGGAGGCGAAAGAGAAUGGAACGACGUUUUUAAUUUAUACUUGAACACUUUUUCGACUUCCGAAAGACAAGCGGCUCAAUUGGCGUUGGCUUGCAGCAAAAACACCACUAUCUUAAACAACUAUUUAGAGAUUCUUCUACAAGGAGAGAAUUGUACUAUUCGCCCCAAUCAUUAUAGAUUGAUGAUCAAGUCACUAGCAUCAACACCCGUAGGAAUUGAUGUGAUGACCAAGUUUUUAAAAGAUAGAUGGCAAGAUUCAUUGAAAUUAAUGUGGAAUGGUGAAGAAACAAUAAAGUCAAUGUACUCGACUUUAGCCUCUAAAGUGUCUAUAAAAUCUGAAAUAGAUCAGUUAAAUGCGGUCAAAAACCAAACUGGUUUACCAUUGUCUUUAUCAUCAUCAUUCAAUGCAUCACACUAUGAAGUAGAAUUGAACCUUCGUUACUUCAAAAAAGCACACGAUCAACUGCACAAUUGGUUUGGCGAUUCUUCCAUUACAACCCCAGCACCAACUUUGUCUAGUGCGACUUCAAUUAGUAGCAUUAGUAAUAUCAUCUUAUGUUUAAUCAUAAUAAUGACUUGUUUCUUAUUUAAAUAGGCCAUGUGAUCCAUACUUUAUUAUUAGAAAACAAAUAUAUUUUACACAAAUUAAAAACACAUGUCAAUUGAAAUAUUUGUAAUUAUUUCUAUUUAAUUUAUUAAAUGAUGUUCCAUAACUUUAAA